AUGCCUGAUUCUGGAGGCCCGGCGGUGGUCUGGGUCACGCCGGCGCCGCCGUGGUUGUUGGCUCUGGCGAGUUUUCUGUUCUUCCUUCUCGCUGUGUGUUCAUUUUCCCAGUGCCGCAAGAAGCGUGGGUCGGUGUCUUCGCUCUCCGGCCAAGACUCGCUGUCGCUUUCUUCGUCCUCAUCCUCCUUCUCGCUGACCAGCUCGUCGCCCUCUCCGCUGCGCCGCAGUGGGUCCCGGGACACGCCGAGCGGCCCUCGUGUGCCGGCCUCGUCCCCCCAUCCCUACUAUUCCAGCAGAGAAGGCGGGCGGGUGCGAAAGUACCUGAAUAUUUUUUCCUGCGCCGACAGCGAAAGGGCAACCGCCUCCUAUGCUCAGCUCUUUGUGUUCGACGGCGCUUCGAUGCGCACCAAAAUCCUCUCCCUGGUCACUGUCGCGUCUCUUCUUCGCUCCGUCCUCCUCUUUUGCCAGGUUUUGCCAAUUGACAACGUCAUUCUCUCGCUGGCGCGACCCGGAAGGGACCCCGUGACGGAGGGGGCGGUCAGCGGCGCGGUCGCGGAAUUCCCCGGCGAAAGGCCGAACGUCUUUCCUCACGCGCUUGCUCAGGCAGGCGGCGGUGCGUCAUUCACUGAGUUGGCGCCGCGCGACAAACAUUCCCUCGAAGGCUUGGCAGGCCUGAGAGACACGUCGCCGCUGAGGGCGGAGACAGGGCCUGGCCAGCUGAAACACGCUGGGGUCCUCAAUGUCAGUCCGAACGAGGACGCACCGUAUGAACCGCAUGCAGCGACACAGAACCACGGCGCGGCGAGAGACUCAGAACGCGACAAGCUCCGAGGCGGCCAUGAAGGACGAAGGAACCUCCUAGCGCACGGCCGCCCCCCUCAAGACGCCCCGAGCGCGGAGAGUGUCGAAUCGCGCUACCCGUGUCGAGACAGGCCGUGUAGACAGAAGGCAAGAAGACAGUUUGACGGGGGGAAGGAGGAAAGGGCACCGGGGGGAGAUAGCGCGCCAGACGAAGAAACUGGAGAGCGAGGGAGCAGAGACCGCGAGGAGAGUGAUGGCGAGCAGCACACAGCUGGCGUUACGGGCAUGUCCAGCGCUGAAAAGGCAGAGCACGAACAUGCGGGUCCCCCAUAUUCCGUUUCAUUCGCCGCGUCGGCUCCGGCGGCGGGCGGGCUUGGCCUUUCUGUGUCCCCCACGCCUUCAUUUCUCUCCCCCGCGUCCACUCCUGUCGUCGGCGCUCCAGCGGCGGAGCCGCACGCUUCUUCCCGUGAGGCUUCGGCCUUUGCGUCGCCUGCAGGUCUCGCGGCGUCCGUGGUCGCCCCCCCGCCUGUGAUGUCUCAGGCGCGCGACUACCGCCGGCCCCCGUCCGCUGCUCCGGGCGGGCCGCGGGGCGCGGGUGCGUCCGGGGGGCCGCCGCCCCCUGCGGGCUUCUGCUUCAAGCCCCACCCGCUGUGGACGCGGACGGUCAUCCGCUCGCUGCCGCCGAUGCUGUGCAUCAGCGUGUACGGCCUCCUCGUUCUCUUCUUGAUCGACCUCUACAACGCCGGUUCUCUGGAUGGCAACGCCACUCUGUGGUGGGUUGUCUCCAGCUACGUCUCCCUCUUCCUGGUCUGGCUGCUUUUUUUCGCUCUAGCCGCCAUGGCGCUCGAACGCAACACCCGCGUGGAGGCUCGGAUCUUCGCGAGGUGUUCAGCGAUUCUGCUGGGGAUAUCGUUCACUCUCCUCGCCGCCGCGUGGAGUUUCUUCGGCAGACGCGUUCUGCGCCAGCUGCGCGCGCGGGAGUCGUCGCUGUGCACGUCCUCGCCGCUAGUCUUGCUGCGGCCGCUGCCCGGCGAGGCGCUGUCCCAGUCGUUUGCGUAUUACUGCCCUGCGCGCGGCUUCCCGGAGCUGCCUGCGCCUCCGCACUAUUCUUUCGGUGCACCUGGGGCUGCGACCCGAGACGCCUACGCAGUCUACCGGCCGCCUGUGCUGCCGCCGUCGCUUUAUGCGCCCGACGAGACGCAACAUCGCGGCGCCCCGCUCGCCUACGGAGGCUUUGACUACGUUCGCGCUCCCGACUUCCCUCUUGGUUUCCCCUUGGAGUCUUCCUACCAGUGCGCGGCGUGCUCUGCUGCGGAUCAGGAGCGAGCGGCGGGGCGUGGGGACCGGAAGGGGUGGCUGCCUGCUUUCGUUUCCCGUUUUCUUCGCCUUGGACGAGGUGCGGACGGGGACUCCGCGGAGGGCGAGGCCGGCGGCUCCCCCCAGACGGCACUCGCGCGCUCGUCUCCGGCGCUGGAGCCGUCGGCGUCUUCCACGGUUGCCGCGUGGCGGUUUUUCCCCCCGAAGGCGCAGAGCAACAUGGGGCCUGCGUGGCACAGACUGAGGAGACUGACGCGGUUGUGUCCUCCGCUGCUUCUUGUGCGAGGGUUGUACCUGCUCCUAGUCGGGACGCAGGUUCUGCCUCACUACUACCCAUCCGGCCGUCCGGCCUCUUUCUUCGCCAGGCAGAAGGAAAGCUUCGACGUCGCGCUGUACCUGCUCACCGAGUUCGUCCCGCUGACUCUGCUCGUCUGUGCCUUCGCGGCCAACGAGAGCAAACCCAGACGGCGGAAAGACCAGGACCAGGACGAAGACCAAGCGUUUUCAGGCAGUGAGGGGGAAGACGCCGGCGAGGGCGCAGAGAACGCCUGA